GUCCUCGCACUUUAGUGUUCAAACCCUAAUAACCUUUAGUGAACGUUCGACUUGUUUUUGAUUUGUCUGGCUUUCCAUACACCCGGGAAAUGAGACGAGAGACUUUAGCUGUCGCGAGAGUUCCUGCAGCUCAGUAUUUCCAUCAUGGCAGGCAGUAAGUUGGUGUUAGAAGGAAGAGUAAGUAUAAACGCAUUUAUCUUAGGGCUCAGCGUCGUUGUAACCCCAUUGAUCAGAACCUGGUUUGGUCAUCUUGACUGGGUCUUUGAUUAUCUUACGGAAACUUCGGGGAAAAUAGCGAUUUGCAUCCACAUUGCAGUUAUCAACGGCCUUUUAUUAAUUGUAUACAGGGGACCUCUAUACAAGGUUGCUGUGAGGGCCUGUUUUCUGGGAGUUACUUUUGGCUGUGGCUUAAUUAUAAGUUUCUCUGAGACCACCUGGACACACUUUGGUUGGUACAUGUGCUCCCUGUCAUUCUUCCACUACUCUGAGUAUCUGGUGACAGCCAUCAUCAACCCUCGCAGCUUGUCACUGGACUCAUUCCUGCUGAACCACAGUGUGGAGUACACCUUGGCUGCCAUCUCAUCCUGGGUUGAGUUCACGGUGGAGAAGCUGACAGUUCCAGAGCUGAAGCAGCUGAACUGGUUGAGCUUCGUGGGUCUGCUCAUGGUGCUAUGUGGUGAGGGCUUGCGUAAGGCAGCCAUGUUGACGGCUGGCUCAAACUUCAACCAUAUUGUCCAGAAUGAGAAGGCUCAGAGCCACGUGCUGGUCACCAGCGGGGUCUACGCCUACUUCAGACACCCCUCCUAUGUGGGCUGGUUCUACUGGAGCACAGGAACGCAAGUCAUGCUGUGUAACCCAGUCUGUAUACUGGGCUACGCAAUAGCUAGCUGGCGGUUCUUCCGGGAGCGUAUUGAGGAGGAGGAGCUCUCCCUAAUCCAUUUUUUUGCUGAAGACUAUGUGGAGUACAAGAAGAAGGUUCCCACUGGGCUGCCCUUUAUUUCAGGCAUCCGUGUCAACUAAUCCUAGGAGAUGGAUGCUUGAUGUAACAGACUUGAAGCACUGAAGCAGGUCAGACCUGGUGAGUGUGUGGUGUCUGCCAUGGCAGCUGCCCUCCGAAGGGAAACCACACAGCUGGCUGAGAGCCUGUAGCUCGCAGACAUAGACGUGACAUCUGGGAUAGCAGCAGGGCUGUUGUUUUUCUACCAACUUCUAAAAUCCAGUUAAUGCCCUACAUUGUACUAUAUUUAUGCCAAUAACAGCCACUCCACCUGUUUCAGUGGUGUUUCUGUUUGCAUGCUUAGUAUUUUCACUGAUGACCUAUGUUAAAGGAACUGGGCCAUUAGGUAUCAUCUAUCAGCAGAAUUAAAUGACAGUUUUCUGAUGUUUUAAUGACAAUGGUUUGGAGACAUUUGAAUUACAUAGGUAAUUCACUAGAGAGAAUUUUUUUCCUUAU